AUGUCGUGGGAGCUUCUGCAGCGGUUCUUUGACUCUGAUGUCUUCAAUUCGAACCCGUUCCUUCCCGUCUCCUACCUCUCACGCUACGCAGACCAUGUAGGCAUUCACUACGUCUUAUGCAACAAGUUGCGCCAGUUCCCCUACGAGGACAUCGAGUUCUUCCUCCCGCAGCUAUGCCAUCUCAUCAUUAGCGUUGACAAUGAGUCCAUGGCGCUCGAGGAGUUCCUCCUCGACCUCUGCGAGGAAUCCGUCACGGCGGCCCUGCUGACGUUUUGGCUGUUCCAAACAUACCUCCACGACCUGUCCUCGAAUCCGCAGUCCACCGCCUUCCAAACGUGUCGUCGAGUCUACAACAAGGUGCAGCACAUUGUUUUCGGCCUCAACGAUGUCGGCCGACACGAAAAGAUCAAGGAGAAUAUUCUCCCUGUCACCGUGCUCUCCAGCUUCGUUCUCGCUAGUGUCGCACUGCCCAUGAUCCCGAGAUGGGCUGGCCCCCUCGCCGUCGCGCAGGCACGCAAGCCACAGCCCAUAACCAAUACUGCUACCGAGUCAACCGACGAUGUCAAGUCGAGUAAGUCGCAAACCGUUGUCGCCCUCAAUGCGAAGCCGAAACGUGGCAAGGAUACCCGCAUCGCGAGCAUGCCCAGCGCGAGCCUGCCCUCGCCAAGUCGCGCAGUGGCAGCGAAAGCAAUUAGCCAGGCGACUACCGCGCCGCCUAGAUCGAAGCUGCAAAAGGAGAUGAAGCGACCUCCAGCGUUGGAAAUAGCCCAGACUGAAGCCAUGUCCAGCUCAGCAUCGCUUCCCUUGCCCUCGCCACCGUUGACAACGAGGCCGGAGACGCCGCCCUUGACAGCCGGCCUUGCGCCGCGCAACCACUCCGAUAGCAUCCUCCGCAGACACUCGCAUCACACGAAGAACGCGAAAACGAUUGGCGACCUCUCCUCGAUACAAAAGACGCGGUUGCUAAGACAGCACUACUUUAGAUCCCAGACACAGUUCCUCCAGGCCCUCGAAGAUAUUUCCAACCGUCUUGUCAUAGUACCCAAGCAAGCUCGCAUGAGCGCACUUCGGGCAGAGCUGGCUCUGAUUGCGCGAGACUUGCCUGCCGAGAUCGAUGUCCCUGUCAUUUGCCCGCCCACUCUGGUAGACGGUGCACCAGGCAAGAGCCGGCACCAUCGCAUUGUUCGCCUUAACCCGACCGAAGCAACUGUUUUGAAUAGCGCGGAAAAGGUCCCGUAUCUACUCAUGGUGGAGGUGCUCAAAGAAGAUUUCUCGUUUGACCCGGAGACGCCAGACAAUCAGCGACUACUGCCUGAACUUUUUGGUGUUCGCGGAAACUCGAAGCGUUUAUUUGAUCUAUCGUCUGAGCUUCCCAAAUCGGCACAGGCGACACCGCCACCUGAGCCUGCUGUUGACAGUGUCUUUGAACCGACCUCCGGCGAUCUGAGCAGCUCCAAUCUAAUCAAGUCGCUGGAGGAGGAAGGUCAACCGCGCCCCGUACCCAAGCAAUCGCAAUCGUAUGGCCAGCGACUGUCGAGCGGCGCAACGACGUCUUCUACCACCCUCGACGCAGCUACGCCGCGGACCUCGGGCGCGUCAAGAUCGCGGUCCAGCAGCCCCGGCUCGCGCCGCAAGAUGACACUUCAGAUGAACCGAAACGCAUCCUCUGAUCAGCCAGACUUUUCAGCUCUCGCCACGCACAUGCGCACGGCUGCGCAGAUGCUGGCCCAGUUGGACGCCACCAGCGGAAAGCGGCCCAAGCACGAAGUUGCCGCCAUUCGUGCCAAGAUUAUCGCCUCCAUGCAAACCUUGGAGGAGCGUAGCUUUGACGCGGACGACCAGGGCCCAACCUUUGAUACCAUCAUCGCCAAGGCGAGCACGGCAGCGGCCGCGACUGCCGCAGCGACGGCAUCCGCCAGCAACCCCGACCUUGACGAAGAUGCGCCCGUGGACACGAACCUGAAUGCAAGCGCCGGCCGCGAGCGCAUGGAAAAUGACUUCAAGACGGGAGGUGUGCAGCGACGCGGCGACCGCGACGACCCCAGCGCGGCUGUGUUUGGCGAAGCGUGGGAGGCCAAGAAAGAGCGCAUCCGCAAGUCUUCGCCGUACGGGUGGAUGAAGAACUGGGAUCUCGUCAGCGUCAUUGUCAAGACGGGCGCGGAUCUCCGCCAGGAGGCCUUUGCGUGCCAGCUCAUCAGCGUCUGCCACAAGAUCUGGGUCGACGCGGGCGUGGACGUGUGGGUGAAGCUGAUGCGCAUCCUCGUCACGGGCGAGUCGUCGGGCCUCAUCGAGACCAUCACCAACGGCGUCUCGCUUCACUCGCUCAAGCGCAGCCUCACCAUGGCCUCGAUCGAGUCGGGCAAGAACCCGCGCCACCGCAUCGCCACCCUCAAAGACCACUUCCUCAAGGCCUUUGGCGAACCCGACAGCGAGCCCCACCGCGCCGGUAUCGACGCCUUCAAGCGCUCCCUGGCCGCGUACAGCGUCAUCUCGUACAUCUUGCAGCUCAAGGACCGCCACAACGGCAACGUCCUCAUCGACAGCGAGGGGCACAUUAUACACAUUGACUUUGGCUUCAUGCUGUCCAACUCGCCGGGCUCCGUCGGCUUCGAGGCGGCGCCGUUUAAGCUGACGCACGAAUACGUCGACGUGCUCGGCGGCCUCGGCUCGCAAGACUAUGAAGACUACAAGAAGCUCUGCAAGCAAGCUUUCCAAGCGCUACGUCGCUCGGCAGACUACAUUGUUGACCUAGUCGCCAUGAUGGGCCGCGAGUCCAAGAUGCCCUGCUUCUCCGUCGGCGUGACCACGGCGACAAGUUCGCUCCGGCAGCGCUUCCAGCUCCAUCUGAGCGCCGACGAGGCGGAGCAGUUUGUCGAGACGGACUUGAUUGCCAAGUCCUUUGGAAGCUACUAUACACGACUCUACGAUACUUUUCAAUACCGAACACAAGGCAUAUACUAA